UAGCAUUAUAUUCCCACCCAAAAAUUUAUAUUUACAUAUUUAUCCCUCCUGUAUAAAAUGACUAUUUAUAAAUUCGGGCAUUUGUGUUGUACACUAGGAUAAAUAGAUACUCCAUUUUCCAGUUACAAAAUCCAUUCCAGCUCACCUUUUCUCAGUUCUUCCGAGCUCUUAGCUCCUUCCCCUGACGCACAUAAAUACAUAGAAUGAAGUAAGUAUCCAAGACAAGAAGAGUUGGUGAAGUGAAACACUGCCACAUUGUGUUGGUUUGUCCUAAAACAUAUUGUAAUUCAUAGGAAAUUAGACAAUGCUCCUUAUGUCAAGAUUAGACAGAUGUCAUCAAGUUGUUCAGAAUCCUCAAAAGAGCUCUUUUAUUAUCAGUAGUGUUGUUAGAUCGUUUAGCCAUGGUGAAGGUCCACCAUCCGAAACUAAAAUCGAAAUAAACAGGAUCACUGCAAUUAUCAACGACCAUUCCUUUCCUGAUCAGCCACUUCAACCUGCCCUUCUGCAACAUAUCCCUCCACCUUUAAUUUCCAACAUUUUAGUGGAGAAUGUUCUUGGUCGCCUUUUUGCUACCCAUUCCAAUGGUCUUAAAGCCCUUGAGUUCUUUGAUUUUUCCCUCCAUCAUUCACAGUUUAGUCCAAGUACUGAUGCUUUCGAGAAGAUACUACACAUCCUUGUACGCAUGCGGUAUUUCGAUAGAGCAUGGGAGUUGAUGAAAAGAAUCAGAAAAGAACAUCAGUCCUUGCUUACUUUAAAGUCAAUGAGCAUCAUGCUCUCAAAGAUUGCCAAGUUCCAGUCCUAUGAAGAUACGCUUGCAGCAUUUGGAAAGAUGGAGAAUGAAAUUUUUGUUGGGAGGAAAUUUGGUACAGAGGAGUUCAAUGUACUUCUUCGAGCUUUUUGCACACAAAGGCAGAUGAAGGAGGCACGGUCAGUGUUCCUAAAGAUGCAUUCAAGGUUUGCCCCUGACAAAAAGAGUAUGAAUAUAUUGCUGUUGGGUUUUAAGGAAUCAGGAGAUACUACUGCAGUUGAAUUAUUCUAUCAUGAGAUGAUUGCAAGAGGUUUUAAACCAAAUGUUGUCACCUAUAAUAUUAGAAUUGAUGUUUACUGUAAAACAGGCUGCUUAGGUGAUGGUUUGAGACUUCUCGAAGAGAUGGAGCGGUCAAAUUUGUCCCCCACGUUAGGAACAAUAACUACUCUUAUUCAUGGAGCUGGAAUUGCUCGAAAUCCAAUUAUGGCACGGAAAUUGUUUGACAAACUCCCUGCGAGAAACUUAUGUCCUGAUUCUGGGGCUUAUAAUGCUUUGAUGAGUUCGCUUAUUAGGUGUAAAGAUGUACAGGCUGCAGCUUCCUUGAUGAUUGAGAUGGAAGAGAAACAUAUUAUUCAUGAUUAUAUGACAUAUUACACGAUGUUCUUUGGCUUGAUUAAGAAAAAGGACUUUGAAGGUGUGUUUCAGCUAUAUGAGAAAAUGACUGAAAGAAAAUUUGUCCCGAAUACGCGUACUGUGGUUAUGUUAAUGAAGGUUUACUGUGAAAAUUCUCGGAUUGAUCUGGGCAUGCAUCUAUGGGGUUAUUUAGUGGAGAAUGGAUAUUGUCCUCAUGGUCAUGCAUUGGAGAUUUUGUUGACAGGAUUAUGUUCCAAAGGGUUGAUCAACGAUGCUUUUGAGUGCUCCAUACAAGUCCUGGAGAGGGGGAGGCACUUGAGUGAUGCAGCAUUUAGGAUGAUAGAGAGACUUCUUAUGCAGGAGGGUGAAGUGGAUAAAAUCAGGAGGCUCACUGAGAUAAUUAAGAAAUUGCAUACUCAUUUGCCUCCAUUACGAGAUAAGACCAUAAUUAUUCCUGCCUAAUCAGUUACAAAGUAGUGGCAAUAUUUCUUAUCCAAGCAAGCAUGUAAGUUGUAAUUUUAUUGUAUUUGAAUUUGUUUCUAACCUUGUCUAGAAAUCCAUACAAGCUAGAUGGAGAACCCAGCUAUGUUCAUAAUCUUGUUUUUCAAAGUUUGAUUUUGAUUGAAUUGGGCUUAAUGACUUCUAGUUUUGUUUAGGCUUACUGCUUAAUCUGACAUUUGAUUUUGGCAAGGUAAUUGAGUUACAUUACACUUGUGGCUUUUAGUAAUUCAAUACUUGAUGCA